CACAAGGAUAAGGCCCGCGCUUCUCUUCCUGCUUUCUCACCUCACCCCCUACUCCAUGGCAGCCCUCUCCCUAAGGAUACAGAAGCCUACCCCCAACUUCCCCGACCACCACCCCCUCCGCCGACGAGUCACUUCCCCAUCAAAACCAUCCGGCCAUGGCUUCCGCCCCAUCUCUGCCGUACGCAAGAUCCCCUCAACCCCACCAACGGCGCCUCCCGGCGAGCUCUACCAGCCUUUCCGCCCUCCUCCCUCCCCUCUCCCGGCUAAGUACCGCUCCCUCGGCCCCGUCGAACGACUCGAGAUUCUCCGCAACCGCCUCGGUCUCUGGCACGAGUACGCACCCCUCAUCUCCUCCCUCUCCCACGACGGAUUCACCCCUCCCUCCAUCGAGGAGAUCACCGGAAUCACCGGCGUCGAGCAGAAUCGCUUUGCCGUCGCUGCCCAGGUGCGGGAAUCUCUCCUCUCAUCCUCCUUCCCGACGGACUUCCUACCCUUCUUCGACGCUUCCUCCAGCGCCGAUCUUCUCUACGAGCUCCGUCUCCUCAAUGCUGGACAGCGUGUGGCCGCGGCUUUCCAUGUGUUCAGCUGCCGCAUGGACCCCAAGACCGCUCAGGAGCUCGCCCGCGCCAUCAAGGAUUUCCCUCGCCGGAGGGGGGAAGCGGGAUGGGAGUGCUUCUCCGCAGCUUCCCCUGGCGAUUGCCUGGCUUACACGGACUUCAGACUGAGCCGGGAGGUGCUAACGGAGGGGGAUCGGAUGGCGGCGCUGGAGAAGGCGAUGAAAGAGGCGGAGACGGAGAGGGCGACGGGAAGGAUUGCGGAGGAGAUGGAGAAGCGGAGGAAAGGUGGGGAGGAGGAGGAUGGGGAGAUGGAGAAUGCAGCAUCGGCGACUGUGCCGGUGGUGAGGCUGAGGUACGGGGAGGUCGCGGAGGCCAAAUCGGUGGUUCUGCUGCCGGUCUGUAGGGCGGAAGAAGGCGGCGAGGGAGUGGAGGCUGCGCCCAGUUUGUGCAAACUGGAAGGUGAUAUGGGAGUGAUUAAGGCGGAUAAGGGAUGGGGGAGAUGGGUGGUGCUGCCCGGCUGGGGACCGGUGGCGGCGGUGCGGCAGAAGGGAGGGGUGGCGGUGGAGUUUGUGGAUGGAAGAGUGCUGCCAUGGAGAGAAAUGCUGGUGGUGGUGGAUAGGAAGAGGGAUGAGGUGGAGGAGGAGGUGGGGGAGUUGUACUUGGUUAGAGGAGGGGAGAAGGGGAAGGAGCUUACGGUGGAGAGAGGGAAGAAGCUUUUGGCUAUGGGGAGGAAGACGGAGGUGCUUGGGGCGGUGGUGCUGGUGGUGAGACCGCCUAAGGAGGAGUACGACGACCAGCUAAACGACGAGGACUGGGACUGAUUCAGCUAUCUCCUCCCACAUGGAAGAUGUUUGAUCCAGCUUCAAGCAAGCUAAUGGGAAAAGACAGACUUGCCAGGAACCCCAACGAACUCGCUAGGCUCUAAUAAUUGAUUAUGUUCUCCAAGUCACAUGGCUCGAGAACUAUCCAAGUGUAUUAAUUAAUGUUCUAAUAUCUACGGAUCUGUAACUGUCAUAUCAUGUAUUUAUUUUUAUUCAUUUUUGCAACAUUAAGAUAAAGUUUUGCUGUA